UAGCCGGGCUUGGCGAGUGACAAAAUCUUCCUUCCUCAGGGUAGACACCACGGCUGUGAAAUUGGUUCCGAACCCAACGGAACCCAGCGCGCUGGGCGACGCCGGGUCACGUGGCCAGCAGCCCCAUGACGUUCGGGCUGCGGGGCGUCACCGUGAGGUUCUGGCGAUCUCCCGUGCUGCCUUACUACCUUCGCUACCUGUGCAGCCACGGCACCGUCAUGGACCUGGGAUCGAUGCGCAAGAGUUACCGUGGGGACCGAGAGGCAUUUGAGGAGGCUCAUCUGGUUUCCCUGGACCCCAUGAAGCAAUUUGCUGCUUGGUUCGAGGAGGCUGUACAGUGCCCUGACAUAGGGGAAGCGAAUGCCAUGUGCCUGGCCACCUGCACCAGAGAUGGGAGGCCCUCUGCCCGCAUGCUGCUGCUGAAGGGCUUUGGCAAGGACGGCUUCCGCUUCUUCACUAACUUCGACAGCCGAAAGGGAAAAGAGCUGGAUUCCAAUCCCUUUGCUUCCCUGGUCUUCUACUGGGAGCCUCUAAACCGGCAGGUGCGCGUGGAGGGCUCUGUGAAGAAGCUGCCUGAGGAGGAAGCCAAGGACUACUUCCACUCCCGCCCGAAGAGCAGCCAGAUCGGGGCUGUGGUCAGUCACCAGAGUUCCGUCAUCCCUGACCGGGAGUACCUGAGAAAAAAGAACGAGGAACUGGAGCGACUCUACGAGGGCCAAGAGGUGCCAAAGCCAAGUUAUUGGGGUGGCUACAUCCUGUACCCGCAGGUGAUGGAAUUCUGGCAGGGCCAGACCAACCGCCUGCAUGACCGCAUCGUCUUUCGGAGGGGCCUGCCCUCGGGGUCCGCCCCCGAGGGGCCCAAUACCCACCGUGGGGAGGAGGACUGGCUGUAUGAGCGACUUGCACCCUAAGCCCCAGCCGAGCCGCUGCAGACCAGAGCUGGGGUGGGGCACUGGGGGAGCAUGUGGGAGGGGAACAGGCCCUUCCAACCUGCACCCGCCCCCUCCGGCCCCUGUCAGAGUGGGCCCCCGCCUGCUUACCCUGAGCCCAUGUCCCCCAACAGCCGUUGUGACAUCACACCAAGAAAACGUUCCCAGGAUGUGUUUUCUUUUUUUUGUUUGUUUGUUUUGGUUUCCUGGGUCACACCCGGAUAUGCUCAAGGGUUACUCCUGACUCUGUGCUCAGAAGUGACCCCCAAGGGAGCCUCAGGGGAUAGUAUGCCAGGACUGAACCAGGAUGGGGAAAGCAUGGACGCUUUUACUCUCCCUGGGGAACUCCCUAUCUCCUGGCCCCGGCCCUCCCCCUCCAAUUACACCUGGGUUUGGGUUUCUUCCCCCAUCCCCCACCCCCACCCAUCUUUGAUUUGGGGAAAUAGCAUCCUCUAGAGGUAGCAGCUGGUGUGACGGCUUCUGGUGACAAGGUGGGCCUUCAGCAGCUCUGCCUGCCUGUUACUAGGUGACAUCUCACACGGGACAUUCUUGCCAAAGCCGUAUGGUUCCAGCAUAAGCACCUGAGCCAGUCAAGCCAAUCAGUUUUUCUUGUCGUCAGUUUGAAGUUUGGAACAGGGAGACCUGGAACAGGAUAGUCACUGUCACCAUGGCCUAUGGCUAACUGUCCUUGCUCCCUGGGGGGCCUGGGCCCCUCCUUUUCACACGUGGACUGUGCAGACCAUCCUCCAAGCUCCAAACAUCCAUCUCUAAAAUAAAACUGAUCUUGACCUCA